GAGCUUGGGACCCAUUGAGGCUGGGUCGGGCAGUGGGACCAUUUGCUCUGAAGGUGGGAGGAGAAAUGUUAGGGGAUAUGUACAUGCGGUAGACUGAGCCUUUGGCUUCACAUCCCCGCUGCUUUGCCAAUCCGUAAACCCACAUUCCUAGCUAGCAUAAAAUGAGGCUUCCUGUCUGUAGCCGAGCCUCUCCUCCCUUUCUUCCAACAUAAGGCUCUCUUCGCCAAGAUGCCCUAAUCCCAGUGUUUUCCGUGCCCCUUCUGCACACUCCAUAAAUUAUUUAUACAAAGGAGUGUGCACACUCCCGACUGACUCCUGCUCUCCCCUCACUUACUCUCCUUUCAUUCAUUCCUUUCCAAUGGGGAGAUCCCAUGCCCAUGCAUCUUUUUUUUUUCUUUUUGGGGGCCUGGGAGAGGACGGGGUGGGUUUCUCUCCUAGGCUGGCACGGGAGGAUCUGUUAGAACAACCCUUUCAGCGCAUCACUUGCCAGUCCGUUCAAUUGGCACAUACCUUCGAUGCCAUCUAGUAUUCAGGCUGGGGGAGAGCAAUGAUAAGGUUGUAAUCAGGUUAAUUUGAUUUAUUAGCGGUCUUGGUGCAUAUCUUUUUCGUAGGGCUCUCCAGCUAGCCCGUGGUGGCAUUGGAAGGUACGCGAUACCCUCUUUGUUCUCCUCUCCCUUGCCACCCCACUUCUCGCAUCCAUCCUUUCUCUUCCUCCCCCCCCCCCCCCCCCCCCCCGCCAAUUCCAUUUAACUACUAAGACACGUUCUUCAUAGGAUCUUCUUCUCCUCCCUUCUUCCCCACCCUCCCUCUCCAAGACCGUGCUGCUGGUGCUAAUUCGCUCCCUCCACUCCUCCGCCCCCUCCCUCGCGGCCUCCCACUUGGGAGUGUCACUCUCUCUUUGCAUAAGGGGCCCUGGCCCCCCCUCCUGGACUCCGCAGCGCCUCAUAUACCUUCCAGCACGCGCUGGCCUGGCCCAGCCAGCGAGAGCAGCCGGAGGAGGAGGAGGCGGAGGAGGCGGCGGCCGCUGGAGAAGAGGAAGAUAGGCGGCAGCAGCCAGUAGCCAGCAGUCUGCAGCCGGCAGCCGCGCGGCGCUGCUCUCCCCCUUUUCUCUUCUUGCUCCCUCCCCCUAGCCUAAGCCCGCAGACCGCCUCCUCCGGCGGUAGCAGUGCCCGUGGAGCCAGCCGCAGAGGCAGUCCCUUCCUCCGGGAGACGCGGACCGAGCGAGCCUUUGCAGGCUCAGCUUCUCCGGGCGGGCUCGGGCAGAGCCGCCUGGGGACCGGCUGAGGGCUCAGAGAGAGGAGCACAUUGAAAAAGCAGAGGGACGCGGGCAGCGAGCUAGCCGGAGUCGGCGCGCUCUCCGCUUCUGUCUGCUUGGGUUGGGCGGCCCCUCCGCCUCUGGUCCGGGUUCGCUCUUGGAGCCUCCCAGGCUGCCAACGCCGAACUCCCGGCCUGAGCUGAGCCGGCAGCCCGUCCAGCGUGACUGCGUGUGAGUGCUGCUGGAGGCCAGCGCUGUCCGGCAGUCUAGAAGCAACCCCAGCCGAGGGAAGAGAAAAAUGUCAGUCAGCAUGCAUGAAAAUCGCAAAUCUCGGGCCAGCACUGGCUCAAUUAAUAUAUACUUGUUCCAUAAAUCCUCAUAUGCUGACAGUGUCCUCACACAUCUGAAUCUUUUGCGCCAGCAGCGACUCUUUACCGAUGUCCUUCUUCAUGCAGGAAACAGGACUUUUCCUUGCCAUCGAGCUGUCUUGGCUGCAUGUAGCCGCUACUUUGAAGCCAUGUUUAGUGGCGGUCUCAAAGAGAGCCAGUCCAGUGAAGUCAACUUUGACAAUUCUAUCCAUCCAGAAGUCUUAGAACUUCUGCUUGAUUAUGCAUAUUCGUCCCGAGUUAUUAUCAAUGAAGAGAAUGCAGAAUCCCUCCUGGAAGCUGGAGACAUGCUAGAAUUCCAGGACAUUCGAGACGCUUGUGCAGAGUUCCUUGAAAAGAACCUCCACCCCACCAACUGUCUUGGCAUGCUCCUGCUGUCCGAUGCACACCAAUGCACCAAACUUUAUGAACUCUCGUGGAGGAUGUGUCUCAGCAACUUCCAAACCAUCAGUAAAAAUGAAGAUUUCCUUCAGCUGCCCCAGGACAUGGUGGUACAGCUCCUGUCCAGUGAAGAAUUAGAGACUGAAGAUGAAAGGCUGGUGUACGAGUCUGCUAUUAACUGGAUUAGCUACGACCUGAGCAAGCGCCACUGCUACCUUCCGGAGCUGUUGCAGACCGUGAGACUGGCCCUCUUGCCAGCCAUAUAUCUCAUGGAAAAUGUAGCCAUGGAAGAACUAAUCACCAAACAGAGGAAAAGCAAAGAGAUCGUGGAAGAGGCAAUAAGAUGCAAAUUGAAAAUCUUGCAGAAUGAUGGUGUAGUUACCAGCCUCUGUGCUCGGCCUCGCAAAACUGGCCAUGCCCUUUUCCUCCUGGGAGGACAGACCUUCAUGUGUGACAAGCUGUACCUUGUGGACCAAAAAGCAAAGGAAAUCAUUCCCAAGGCAGACAUUCCCAGCCCAAGAAAAGAGUUCAGUGCCUGUGCAAUUGGGUGCAAAGUGUAUAUCACUGGUGGGCGAGGAUCAGAGAAUGGAGUCUCCAAAGAUGUUUGGGUAUACGACACCCUUCAUGAGGAGUGGUCAAAAGCUGCCCCUAUGCUGGUGGCCAGAUUUGGCCAUGGCUCUGCUGAACUCAAACACUGUCUGUAUGUCGUAGGUGGACAUACAGCAGCAACUGGUUGCCUGCCCGCUUCCCCGUCCGUGUCACUAAAACAAGUAGAACAGUACGAUCCGGUGACUAACAAAUGGACCAUGGUGGCCCCUCUCCGAGAAGGCGUGAGCAAUGCGGCAGUAGUGAGUGCCAAGCUGAAGUUAUUUGCUUUUGGCGGCACCAGCGUCAGUCACGAUAAGCUCCCCAAAGUUCAGUGCUAUGAUCAGUGUGAGAACAGGUGGACGGUACCAGCCACUUGCCCGCAGCCCUGGCGAUACACUGCAGCAGCUGUGCUGGGCAACCAGAUUUUUAUUAUGGGUGGAGAUACUGAAUUCUCUGCAUGCUCAGCCUACAAAUUCAACAGUGAGACGUACCAGUGGACCAAGGUGGGAGAUGUGACAGCCAAGAGAAUGAGCUGCCAUGCAGUAGCAUCUGGAAACAAACUUUAUGUAGUUGGCGGCUACUUUGGUAUUCAAAGAUGCAAAACCUUAGACUGCUACGAUCCGACCUUAGAUGUAUGGAACAGCAUCACCACAGUCCCCUACUCGCUCAUUCCGACGGCAUUCGUCAGCACUUGGAAACAUCUUCCCUCUUAAUUCCAAUGCAUUACUGGAAGGUGAUCAUCAGUUUAUUCCAUCACUUGGUGAAACCAACUGUGGGACCUUGACUUUGGAGAAGCUGAAUUUAAUGAAGAAGAAGAAAAAAGUUGUUCUGGACUCAACUAAAUUACACUGCACCUUGUAAAUGAUCUAUCCUGGUCAUGAAGGAAAGGGGAGGGGGGAGGGGGGAGUUAAAGAUUCUCAGUGCAAGUAGCACAUGGUUUAAAUAUGAAUGAAUGAACCUGUGAUCUAGUCCUUGUCUCGUAAUUGUGGAUUAAUGUCAGCAUUAAUCAGCCCUUCAGAGGGAGAAGAAAGCCGGGCCUUUUCCCUAGCUGUGCCAUGUUCAGCUCCUGAUUUCCAUGGACUCCACCAUUUAUGUGUAAAAUUUGAAAUGGUUGUCACCUCUCUCGGAGGAGCCAGUCUGAAGAGUCAGAACCAGCUGUGGUGGAGGCUGGCUGGAUCCAGAACGGUCAAAGCAGAAGGGGAUGCUAGCUGGGGAAUGCUGGCUGGAGAACUCGGCUUGAUGGGAAUAGGUAGAGCUUGGGGCAUCAGUUAGAAAUAUUGUGUUGUGCUGCCCUGUCUGCAGGGAAUGUUUCUGUAGGGAAGGGGGGGGUUGGGAGGGGGGGUACUGUGGGAGGAGGUAGGGGGGAAGUGAGGGAAUUCACAAAGAAGGUUUUUUGAGCUGUGGGAAAGUGAAGAAAUCUUCUCCCAGCGGUUUGUGAGCUUUCUUUUUUUCUAUUUAUAAGUGACUUAAAAAAAAACAAAACAACCUUCCCUUCACUGUUGUUAUUUGUUGUAGAUUUAGCUAUUUAUUGUUCAGUGCCUGCAUGCUGAAACAAUGCCUGUGGUUGUCUUCACGUGUAAGGACUCGUAUGGAUGGUUGUAUGUUUUGCACAUUUGUGGUUUGGGUUGUGUUUUGCCGCACAAAAAGGAAAACUUCGGAGUAACAAUUUGGGAUUUGUCUGAAGGGUGGGCUGGGCAGGGGAUAAUGUUUGUUUGUUUUUUAAAACUUUUUUUCUUUAACCCAGUCAGAAAUAGAUAUAUUAUAAGACAGGAUCUGAAACUGUAUGCUGUAAAGAAACCAUGGCGGUCACUUUCUCCGACUGUCAUUCAAUAGAUUUUGUCUUUGCAUGUAUAGGUAUGCCAUUUUUUUUAAGAAGUGUGAUCCCCAUAUUUCAUUAACCUUAUGAUGUCUACCGUUGUAAUCUGGAAAAAAGUCCAAUGAUCUUAUGAUUUGCAGCUUUCUCUUUUCAUAGCUUUGCUAUCACCUUGAAAAUAAUAUGGGAUAGUUCUUGUGUUACAGAGCACAGACAGGUAAAGGCAUUGCCCAAAGUGUAUUUAUUUAUUUAUUUGUUUGUUUGAUUCCCUGUUGGAAUAUUUUGCCAUAGUUACAUUGACUGGAAGGACCGAAGUCUUGAAGACUUAAAAGAUUCACACGAAUUCAUUUGCCAGCCACAUUUGGAAGUGGCUGCUUUCCCCCCUGCUGAAAGUGGGGCUUCCUCAACAUCCAGAGUUCCCAAAGUGGUCUUUAACUUUGGGCAUUAUAUAAUUUUGUUCUCACCCAGACCCUGAAACAAUUCCUUUGGUGUACAGAAGUGUCCUGUGUAACCCACAGACACGGAAGAAUCUGAAGUAGUUGGGUUCUCUUUUUAAGUCAGUUUCUAAUACAUUCCUGGAUAGUUUGGAAUGCUUGCUUACUGAAAUAUGCCCUGUGGUGGUUUUGGAUGCCGUUAAGCCGUACUAACCCCAUGAUUGGCCAGAGGUCUCUGAAGAGACCAAAAACUUGAAUUAGACACUAUCCUUCUUUCUCACAUUGCAAUCAUUUCAGAGAGUGGAUUCUUAAAGUAAAGUACAUCUGCACUGUGAGUUUUCGUGUGUUUGCAUGGUCCAACCAGGAGUGUUCAGAUACUUACCGGUUUCUUCCCCCUUCUGAAAACUUCAUAGUGGUUGGCUAAGUUACAGUACUACUCUACAUUUAUGUUUUAAAAUAGAUUCUAUUUGGACCAAAAUAUUGAUCCGUUGGAAUAAAAAAAAUGAGUCAUUUCCAUGAUUCAGUCACCCUUUCUUCGCUGUCUCCUUAGCAAUGCAAAUGUCCCUUUCUUCAACUCUCUCCCCAUCUCGGCCUCAUGACUUGCUGCACAUUCACCAUUUUUACAUGGCUGCAUUGAUAGCCAUGUAGCUUAUGAUGCAAAUCUGGCUGAUGUGUCUUGUGUCACUGCACAGCUUCAGAAAGCAGGAUGAAUUUGCUGCAGCUGUUUCAAAGUUGUGGUCUGUCCUUGGAUCCUCUAUUAAUUACUCUGUGGAGGCUGAAGGAAGCCACAGUGAGGGUGGGCCUCUGGCCCUGCGGGGGGAACCGUUCUCAGCUCCUGCUCUUUGAAUUAAUGUGGGAAUUCUGGCUUGCUACUUGACCAUUCCAGCCCUGUGAAACAUCCCACACUUUGAAGCAAAUGCAAUUCACAGCACAGUGCACACAAAAACCUUGGCAUAAGACGGAGAAGGUUCUUUUUAUUAUUUUGUGGACUGGUUGCUGUAGAAACAGAUAACAAAGGGCAGCCUUCCACUUCUGGUAUAAUUGUGCAGGCCCUUUUCUCUGGGUCUGACACCUGUCUGAAUAAGAGUGAUUAGAGCUGAAUAAUAUCCCUCCCUCGACUAUUGAAUAUGUGGUUCUUGUACAAAAACCUGGAAAAGCUGAAGUAAAAUGUCCGUGUUAUGUCUGUCUGUUUGCCACUUCAUUCUGAGGUUUUGUAAAAUUGUAUUUUUUUUUUCACAAUGUGAAACUGAAGGUCAAUAAAUUAUUAGAGAUUUUCUCUUCAA